AAAAGUUAAAAUUAUCUAACUUCUAAAAGAAACAUAUGAUGUAGCAGGCUGACUCUAAUCUGUCCUCCCUUACGGUUGUUGUACCUGCCAUGGGACAGACAUUGCAACUGUGUCCCCAUCAGCUUUAGCCUCCCUGUCAGUGACAAGCCCUCACAUGUAGCUAUGCAGACAUGGACUCAACCCUGCAGGUUACCCCUGUGCAGUAGCUACGCACAGGAGCCAAGACUGGGCAGGGAUAAGACCUCAUCUUUCUCUGGGAAGACCAUUCAGGAGACCAGAAAAAUGGCCUUGGGGCUCUUGAGAGCCAGGAGAGAAGGGGCAUUUGUGUCAUUCCGUGAUGUGGCUGUGGAUUUCACCCAGGAAGAGUGGCAGCUGUUGGGCUGUGCUCAGAGGACCCUGUACAGGGUUGUGAUGCUGGAAAACUACAGCAACCUGGUCUGCUUGGGAAUUCCAUUUUCCAAACCGACACUUGUCAUUCUGCUGGAGCGGGGGGAAGAGCCCUGGAGAGACAAGAAAGAACAUAUGCCCAGCCCCUGUUCAGCAGAUCCAAGGCCAGAAAUUCAACCUUAUUCCUCCUCUACUCUGGACCUCUGCAGUCAGCAAUUAUGCCAGCAUGUGUUACGUGAUCAUCACCUUCCAGCCUGCCCAGGCUUGUUUGCAGGAACUCUCCAAAUAGCAGGUCUCUGCCCAGCACAUCAGAAGCAGCAGCAGCAGUAG